ACAAGCGAAACGUCAAACGGGACAACAGUGCGUGUGAAACGAGGAGGGUGAAAGGAGGAGUGGAAGAAGCACUAUGUUGAGUGAUAGGGGCAGAUUAGGCCUGUUGUCACUUUGUGAGCAGUUUUUCUUUACAACAGCGACGAGAGUGGGUCUUUUUGGCCAGCAUUUAACGGAGAUGAGAGCCUCUGGUUACCGGUAGAAGACCCAAAACUAUUCCCACCGAAGUUGUUUACGAUCUGGACUGUGUAUACGUCGCGGCGGCGGUAAAAUCUUGCAUAUAGUUCAGGUAGGUGGUGCUGGUUACAAUUGACAAGAGCCUCCCCCAAUGGCUGGUUGGCUUGUAUAAUUAUAUUGACGAAUGCUAGGGCUUUAGGUCAAUCUAGCUUGAUAGUGCAAUUAUUCUCGAUCAGCUGCUGAACAUAACUUGUUGUUGUUUACAGCAAGACACUAAACGUGUUUCCAGCCCACUGCUGUCUGACUUCGUGUGACAGUUUAUCCAAUUACUGAAUUAGGCAAACGUCAUUAACUCUAGCGCUUGACAGAGUAUGGUCCCUCUUUGUUUACCAAGAUACAGUUCUUAUUACAUGACUACAGGUAUGUAUGAAUGACCUUGUCCCUAGCAUAUCGUUUGCAUUAGUUUGUUAAAGAUGGUACAUUCAGUAGGCAGCUGAUCGAAAUUAUUUCUCAGACUCUGUAUGCUGCUUCACUUUAUUGACUGUACACAGACCCUUGGGUACAACAUUCUCUCUACACACAUGUAGGCUAUCACCUGUUUUUCCAUCACAAACAAGUCAAAAACCACUGUAGAUAGUUGCUCCUUUUAAACUCAAAUGAUAUGGCUACAACCACCAGAUUCAGUACCCAACUCAUUCUGUGCAUUCGCAAUACAUUAGUUCAGCCAAUGUGAUCACACCAUGCUCCUUUUAAAUGAGUGCAAGUUUGCUUUUUCUACUGAAUUAUUUUUUCAGAAAAUGCUUUAAAAAAUUGACUAACAAGCUAGGCCAUCAUAGGUAUGAAAGCAAGACAUCAAUCCACAUUUUAACAAAUACACCCUUAGAUCAGUAGUCCUAAUCCAAACAGUUCUAGUCUAGGCCUACAUGUCUAGAAACAUCUAUGACCUACAGUAACCCUCUCACCAUAUAACCAGUAGACUCAUCUAUAACAACUUUAAAGAUGCAAUAUGCAGAAAUAGCUCUGCCAUUUCCUAGUUGCUAAAAUUCUAAUAGUUUGACUAAUUUCAGUUUAUGUGACAAAAGUCAGUCAGUGUAGAGAAUCAUUGUACCAGCUAAACUGCUGUGAAAUAUGUUUUCCAUAACCAAAAAUCUUGUAUUUUCAGCUGUUUGAAGCUGGUGUACAAAAGUAAAAGAUGCAAAAACUCAACUUAACGAGAAGCAUAGAAAUAGCUUACAUAGAACAUAACUACCGCUUUUUAGACUUGCUUUCAAUGAGAAUGACAUAUCUAAAACACACAUUUCUGUAAAUUUGGUCAGGUUGCCCAAAAAGUUACAUAUUGUAGCUUUAAGACACAUUCCACAGCGUGUUUUCUGAGCAACCUACAGUCUUUAUGCUCCAGCAGCAAGCAGGGAAUGCUGAAUAACAAGUGUAAUGGCAUUGCAGCAAUGUAGAGGCAAGCAGCCUAGGAGCAUGCUCACAUCACAUGGGAAACAGAGAAUUGAGAACGUGAGGAAUUCCGAGGAGUGGGUAGGCUAAAUAGGCUGGAAUUGAGAUUAAUCUGUAGUGACAGACAGGGGCGGUGUGUUCAAUAGGGCGAUAUGGGCGACGCACUGCCAAACGGGAAAAGGAAGGGAUUUUUUUUCUAAUCAAUUAUAUCACGGCAACAGUAGUUAUCAGUGUUGUAAUCUAGACGUGUCUGGUCUGAUCUGCCACUAAAUGUCCAAUCAGGCUAAAGUCGUGCUUCAAAUGGCCACCCCCCCUUUUUGGGCGAUUUCAGUCAGGUUGAAAAUCGCCCAGAAGUCUGUCAUAGACUCCCAUGUAAAAUCUAUUUUUUUCAAAUUUCAGAGCUUUCAAUACAAUCUCUAUGGGUGUCUGAGGGCUUGCACUUACGCGCUUUCGUCAUACGUAACGUAACCAUGAACGUAACUAAGAAAAGACCGGGUAGCAGCCUCAAUCAAUUCACUACUACUGUAAAAAUGGCUAGCCUUCAGUGCAACUCGAUUGUGUCUUUGAAAGAAGUUCCUUUUUGUCGGCGAACAAAUCAAGAUAAAUUGGCAACGAAACAAUUAGGACCUCCCAGACCAAAUUUAAUAAUUCAACAGGUUUCUACUAAAGGCGGAAAGUCCUACACCCGAGGAUUUUCCAAAAAUUGGUACUAACGAAAAAAGAACAUUGCCACUCAACUGGAUGAGGGAUACAGGCUAGCUGUCCGCCGCCACAACGAUGAGGUUAGUGUUGAUAAUCACAAGUUUACUGGAGAACUGAGACCAAGUAGAGACUUUGGACAGGGUGGAUAUGGUAUAAUAAAGGCAGUUUAUUCAGAGGUAAAGAUAUCUGGAAUCGCGUGCACGGACCCGUUCGUCAAACUCUUAGGGAGCUAUACAUUAAGCCCCAUUACUUACCAUAUCAGAUAAGAGAAAUUGCUGCAGCUACAUAUAUUUUACAUCCUGGCCCUACAUAGUUCACUAUUUGCAUCACUUACCAAAAUAUUACAUGUGGUCAUAUAUGCUUGGAAAGUGGAGAUGCCAUAGAACGUCAAAAAAGUAAACAUUGCUGGAGACACAUUGCCGUUUUGGAGAAGACAUCGCGUUUGCUAGCGAAGAGAUUUGUUGUGGCAAAUGAACUUGGGCUGGGAAUUGCCAGGAACCUCACGAUAAGAUAUAUGCAUUGCGAGUCUCAUGAUUCUAUACGUAUUGCGAUUCGAUACUGUGAUUUUAUUGCGCACCAUAUGUCUGUUGCAGAGGGAUCAGAAAGCCAUGAGAACGAGUUUUGAUCAGUCAUGGAAAUAAAAGUGCUGAAAACAAAUUGGCUCCCAAUGUGAAAAGAUUGAGAACAAGCUAUGAAGGAACAAUAAUGGUGUUUUGGUGCAGGUACAGCCAACUAGCGCUAAAAUAUUGCGAUAUUGUCAAUACAGUAUAUCGUAAAGUAUCACUAUGUAACUCGAUUUCUUUCACCCCAAUCCCUCAAAUUAACGGUAAAUAACUGAAUUGUUUGCCCCACAUUUAGCUAAGAUGAUUAGCUAGCCAGCUAAAAUAUUUUAUUUAGUUAGCAGUCGCAUCUACAAUAGUUUACUGUCAAUAACAUGUCUCCAAAAAUGACGUGGUGUCUCCAAUUGUGUUGACAUUUGACAAUUGCGAUGCGCAUCCAUGAGUAUCCACUUUCUGUAGCUCAGCUGGUAGAGCACGGCGCUUGUAACGCCAAGGUAGUGGGUUCGAUCCCCGGGACCACCCAUACACAAAAAUGUAUGCACGCAUGACUGUAAGUCGCUUUGGAUAAAAGCGUCUGCUAAAUGGCAUAUUAUUAUUAUUAUUAUUAUUAUUAUUAUUAUUAUUAUCUGAAGAGAGCCCCGAAACAUUGUGUGCAGACAUUUUAUGCAAUAAAUGAAGUAGGUUGAAUCUAGUAGUUCUGAUCUUCUGAUUGGUCCUGAUGAGUUGGGCGAGGUCCCCUCCAGGCUACUGUCACUGUUGCAUUGGCUCUGAGUCGGGUUCUCUGUCUUCAAAUGUUCAGCCUAAGAGAGGGGAUUUUUGUGUGUGUGUGUGUGUGUGUGUGUGUGUGUGUUUAACAGUGAUGAUGUGUGUGUGUGUGUGUGUGUGUGUGUGUGUGUGUGUGUGUGUGUGUUUAACAGUGAUGAUGUGUGUGUGUGUGUGUGUGUGUGUCCUCAGAGCAAGAACUCGUGAGUUGGAAGAACUGAGAGGCCUAUGGCGUGGGUGUUGUCCUUGGCUGACAAGAUAGGACCCUUUUGUCCAUUGUUAUUGGAUAGGAACAGAACUUAUAACCAGCUCCUGACCUAAAUAGAUCUUAGCACAACAUUUUACUCAACAUAUCAUAUUCCAUAUUCACUAUAACAAAUAUAUUUACUACGACAUUAGCAAGAACCGCCACAUCCUCAGCCGGCUAAUCCAGUGUGUGAAGUUUUGCGGAGUGUUUGAGUUAGCUUUGCGAGGCAAAGAUGAAACUGAGGGCUCCACCAACCCUGGUAAGCCAACACUUUUGAGAUCAGUCAAUAAAUGCUUCUGGUAUUGACUUAUAUGCUGCCCCUGUCUUCAUGUUGUUGCUGGACAUAUCUUUUUUAAAAUGUGUGUAGGUCACCUAAAUCAUCAGAAAAAUUGCCCCCCCUGAGAAUUUUUUCAGGAGCCGCCACUGGUGACAGAGACAGAAGAUUCUAGCCUGGUCCCAGAUGUGUUUGUGCCGUCUUUUCAAUCACCACGGGAGUUGGCAAGACGGCACAAACAGAUCUGGGACCAGGCUAUGAUUCAGCUCUGAACCAUUCUAAAUGUAAACUGUCUGACACUUUAUUUGUCAUGUGCCGAAUACAACAGGUGUAGUAGACCUUACAGUUAAAUGCUUACUUACAAGCUCUUUCCCAACGAUGCAACAAAAAAAAAUUAACACAAGAAUUAGGAAUGAAGCUACAAACCCACUCACUAAGACAGACUGACAGGGGAGUCGGAGAGAGUUGAAUGCGUGUCACCUAGCGGGUUAACUGAGGCUACUUCUGGUUUAAAAAAUAAUACCACGUCAAUCUGUGAGGGUUUUUUUCAUGGAGGAACAACAGGGCCAUAGCUGGCAUGAUGGAGGGUAAAUGAUAGCAGGCUAAAUGGUUUAGGCCUUGCCUCAGUUGCACUCCUCAGCAUCUCCUGUCUGAUGGGGUAAUGGUUUAGAUGGCUAUAAAUGGAAGGGGUAAAAUACAGUCAUUCAAGGCCAAAGGAUUAUAAAUGGUAAAGAUCGAGAUGGCAGGCUUGAUGCAUAUUAGUAACUAUACUGAACAAAAAUAUAAACGCAACAUGUAAAUUGUUGGUCCCAUGUUUCAUGAGCUGAAAUAAAAUAUCCCAGAAAUGUUCCAUACGCACAAAAAGCUUAUUUUGAGGGAGAGUGCAAUUGGCAUGCUGACUGCAGGAAUGUCCAUGAGCUGUUGUCAGAUAAUUUAAUAUUAAUUUCUCUACCAUAAGCUGACUCCAACGUCGUUUUAGAGAAUUUGGCAGUACGUCCAUCCGGCCUCACAACCGCAGACCACGUUUAACAACGCCAGCCCAGGACCUCCACAUCUGGCUUCUUCACCUGCGGGAUCGUCUGAUACGAGCCACCCAGACAGCUUAUGAAACUGAGGAGUAUUUCUGCCUGUAAUAAAGCCCUUUUGUGGGGAAAAACUCAUUCUGAUUGGCUGGGCCUGGCUCCCCAGUGGCUGAGCCUGCCUCCCAAGUGGGUGGGCCUAUGCCCUCCCAAGCCCACCCAUUGCUGUGCCCCUGCCCAAUCGUGAAAUCCAUAGAUUAGGGCCUAAUGAAUUCAUUUAAAUUGACUGAUUUCCUUAUGAACUGCAACUCAGUAAAAUCUUUGAAAUUGUUCCAUGUUGCGUUUCUUUUUGUUCAGUAUAUUUCGAAAUGGCUUGUUGUGCAAAGUCACAUUAGAAUCUGCCUCGAACCCUUACAGAGACUGUUCCAGAGUGCACUUUCAGGAACCAAUUGCUUUGAUUUGAUUUGGCUAAUGUGUGUGAGAUGACACAUGAAAGCACAAUCAUUGAAAUGUUUCUGUGGACAAACAGCUAGGGUCUGAAUCCAGAUUAAAUUGACCCGUCACGGAUGUUUCUCUAUUUUGUGACAACUGCUGAGCCCUUCAGUGACUCAGCAUAGCAGGGUAACUCCAAGAUAGAUAGGCCUACCAUCAGCUGUUGCCAUGCCAGUGACUAAAGUAACCAGGAAGUAGUCCAGUUGCCCAAACAUUUAAACAAGGUAGCACGAUGGCCCGUUUUUUAUAUUGGGUUGUUCAAAUAGGACUUUGGAUGGCCAGGAAAUUCCCUAUUAAAGUCUAGUAACUAGACCACUGAGCUACUUCUGUUUGAUAUUCCUCCUGAGAGAACCUAUUCCCUAUGUGACGCAUGCAGACUGUGCUGCCUGUGUUGUCUGUACUCCAGAUUCUGCAGAUGGGUCAGGGGCUGUGGAGGGUGGCCAGGAACCAGCAGCUGCAGCAGGAGUACGGAGAGCAGUGGGACGCUGGACCUGGCCUUGACGGAGAUCCCCAGGAUUUGGGGAUGGAGAUGGGGGCUAACCCAGGCCAGGCUCCCCCAUCCCCCUCCCCCGGGAUGGGCGACCUGGGUGGAGGUCCCCUGCCGCCUCACCCCCACCCGCGGCGCCACCCCCAGCACUGCCAAGGGGCCGACAUCUACCAGCUGCUGCGUGCCCGCCGGGGGAAGGCGCAGCAGGGCUUCAUAGACCUGGAGAUGCUGCCUCCAGAGCUCAGCAUCACCAUCCUGUCCUACCUGAACGCUACAGACCUCUGUCUGGCCUCCUGCGUGUGGCAGGACCUGGGCCACGACGAGUACCUCUGGCAGGGGUGAGUAGUAGACUGACAGGGUCUGUGGAAGGGAGGCAGGGGUGAGUAGUAGACUGACAGGGUCUGUGGAAGGGAGGCAGGGGUGAGUAGUAGACUGACAGGGUCUGUGGAAGGGAGCCAGGGGUGAGUAGUAGACUGACAGGGUCUGUGGAAGGGAGGCAGGGGUGAGUAGUAGACUGACAGGGUCUGUGGAAGGGAGGCAGGGGUGAGUAGUAGACUGACAGGGUCUGUGGAAGGGAGGCAGGGGUGAGUACAGUGAAUAGAGGGCUGCCCAAUUCUGAUUCCAUUUUUUUCUCACUAAUUGGUAUUUUGACCAAUAAGAUCAGCUUUAAAAAAUAUCUCAUGUGAAAAGAUCUGAUGUGAUUGGUCAAAAGACCAAUUAUUGGACAAUAGAUUAGAAUUGGGCCCCCUGUGUAAACGCAGCCAAUGAGAAGUGUGCUGCAGGAUAGGAUCUGACCUGAUAUACCAUUAGAGUCAUCUAUAUUUUUUAAAUUGUCCACAAAUCAUUGAAAUGGUGCUUGCCACAAGUAGGUAUAACAUUUGCCAUGUUCUAUGUGACAAUGUGCUUUUUUAAUGGUUCAAAGAGUUGAUCGGGUGAUCAUGUUUCUAAUUGCAGUCUUCCCUUUCUCUCUCGCUGUCUCUCUGUCUGUCUGUGCCCUAGUUUGUGUAAAUCCACUUGGGGUCACUGUUCCAUCUAUAACAGAAGGCUUCCCUAUGGCUUCUCAUAUAGAAGCCUCUACAUGAUGCUAGAUGAAGGCAGCCUGACGUUCAACGCUAACCAUCAGGAGGUAAAGCAUCUCUGUUUCCUCUUCAUCCUCAUGCCUCUGUCUCCUUUUUAAAGCACCACUUCCCCACUGAAACACUCCGGUUUCCCGGACAUAGAUAAAGCCGGCUUAGUCUGUUUUCCGGGAAACUGUUCCCUUAUAUAUAAGAUAUAGCUAGAUAUAUACGGGCCAAUUAGCUGUUUUCACUAUAUGUUAUUGAUUCUGUCUAGAUCAGCCUUCCUCACUAUGAAAUCCACAAGAAAUAGUGAUUUAGAAAUAGUAAGUACACAUCGAACCCCCCACACGUCAGCCCACCUUGAAGACAAAGUAUUUUAAAUGACUACCAGCUAAAUGACUUGUUUACCACUGAUGCAUACAUUCUGAAAGACAUCACAGCCUUGGAGGUCACUGCAGGUCAAAGCCUGGUUCCAUAGAAUCUGUGGAACAUUCUAAUGGGGUUAUUUGGUCCGUCUGUAUCGCUACGUGGAUUAGGCUCGCUUUGGCCAGCCACUUAAAGGACAUGUGAUAGCCCCACUGUGGGAUAGACUGUCAUGGUGCUGUCUGUGUCUGGGCCUCCAUCUCUCUCUCUCUCUCACUCUCUAUCCCUCUUUCACCCUCUGCCUCCCCCCUCCUCCUCUUUUUACCUCACUAUCCCCCCACCCCCUCUCUCCCUCUCCUUCUCUCCCUCCCUCUCUCUUCCACUAAUCCCGCCCUCCUCCUCUCUCUCUACUCUCCCCCACUAAUCCCUCUCUCUCUGUGUGUGUUUCAUGUUGAUCCACACUCUCUCUCCAAUAGGGUAUCAGUUACUUCAUGUCCAAAGGCAUACUGGUGGACCACCCCAAGGAGCUGGCCAAGUUCAUCUUCUGCACGCGGACGCUCAACUGGAAGAUGCUGAGGGUGUACCUAGAUGAGAGGUGGCUUUUCUUCAUUGAAUUCUCACUGGGUUUCUUGAAUUCUCACUGGGUUUCUUGAAUUCUCACUGGGUUUCUUGAAAUGUCACUGGGUUUCUUGAAUUCUCACUGGGUUUCUUGAAUUCUCACUGGGUUUCUUGAAUUCUCACUGGGUUUCUUGAAUUGUCACUGGGUUUUCUUGAAUUCUCAUUGGAUUGUCUCUAAUUGCAGGAGAGAUGUGUUGGACGAGCUGGUCACGCUGCACAACUUCAGUAACCAGUUCCUGCCCAACGCACUGAGGGACUUCUUCAGACACAUCCACGCCCCAGAGGAGAGGGGCGAAUACCUGGAGACGCUCAUCACCAAGUUCUCCCACCGCUUCUGCGCCUGCAACCCCGUCCUGGUCCGGGAGGUGUGCCUCAGCCCAGGUCAGUGCACUGCAGGGAAUUGUAGUUCUAAUCUGCAGGGUGUUGAGGGAAGUCCGAUGAGUGGAGAGGAUUGUAACCACCUGCCAGUUUCUGCCACAGUUGAACGACUCCUAACUCGGGGUCCACGCUCAACAAAUCCCACAGGCUUUAGGUCUUCUCGGAUGUUGAUCGGUUUCAAGCCCCUCAACUAGCCUGUCCUGGCCUAACCGCAAUCUCCCCACAAUACCUCUGUAAUUUACUAAGGGCUCUGGUGUUACACUUGACCCAAGUUGUGUCCUGUCCUUGUUGCAUGAAUCAAAUGUGUGAGAAAUCUUUGUACCAACGCUGUCAUUGGUCCCUAAAGCCACAAUAAUCCCACGGGCUUAGGGUUAGGAGAGUGAGGGCAGCGCUCCAGCCAAUCACAGGCUGGCGUUGUAAUAACAUCUGGCGCGGUUCUCGGCCGUUCCUGCGUCGUCCUGGAGGAGAAGUGGGCUGAUUUAUGAUCUACUUACUGGCGAUAGAAUUGGCAGAGCGGUAAAGGAGGAGAGGAGAUGUACACUCUUACUCUCUCGCUCUCUCCCGCUCGAGAGAGACCCCCUGUUCAACCCCUCUUAGUCCACCCAGGACCAGGGCUGAUCCUCGCACUGUAAGGUCUGAGACUACGAGUCGACACGUCUCUUUCCUUCCCUGUUUAUGUGUCCUGUCUUCAAGGACUAUUAUUCACACUUCAGAAUGGGAAUGUUUUUGUAAACGCGUCAUUAUGAAACCCUCUCUUUUCCUUUAUCGACCCUUCUCUUGCUCCGAUGCUCUUUUCUGGUCAUCCCUUCCCUUCACUCUGUCUCCCUGUCGUUUAUUCUUCAACUCCCACCCACCCUCUUAGCCAAGCCACACAAUGAACAGAGAAAGUAUUGCUGGACUGAGAAAGGCGUCAACCAAAACGUCGGGGCUGGCUAAUAUAUUGAAUUGAAUAAAUGUAUGUUACUAAGCAAGAUAAAACAUGUAUUUUGUUGGCGUGUGUGCCCUAUCUCCACAAGUGAUCUUCAGUCUAAAAUACCACCAUCACAUUUUUUAUUUUUGUAUAGAUUUUUAGUCAUUUAGCAGACGCUAUUAUCCAGAGCGACUUACAGGCGCAAUUAGGGCUAAGUGCCUUGCUCAAGGGCAUAUCGGCAGAUUUUCCACCUUGUCGGCUCAGGAUUCGAACCAGCUACCUUUCAGUUAUUGGCCCAACGCUCUUAACCUCUAGGCUACCUGCCGCCCCACGGCUCAUAUACAACUUUAUCUUCAUUGUAUGCGUAGUGCAGGGACUUGUUUGACCACUCUCCCAGUUCUCUCGCUCUCUUACAUUCUGUCCAUCCCUCCUCUCCUCCUCUCCUCCCCAGAUGCAGUGUAUGUGCUGUGCUACUCGCUCAUCCUCCUGUCUAUAGACCUGACCAGCCCGCACGUCAAGAACAAGAUGUCCAAACGCGAGUUCAUCCGCAACACGCGCCGCGCCGCCCAGAACAUCAGCGAGGACUUUGUCGGCCAUCUUUACGACAACAUUUAUCUCAUCGGCCACGUGGCGGCCUAACCAGGAAGUGACGAGGAGUGGAAGUCGGUGAAUACACGAACCAGUGAUUGCACUGUUGCAGUAUACUACUUUGGACAAAAGUUGUUGCUGGUUCAUUCUAAAUCUAGGGUUCUGUACUGCUAGCAAUGGUGCUUGCUUCCAUACUGGGUGUGAGGCGAUCUGCUCUCUGGCUGUAGAGCCAAUGGAGAGCAGGGAGUGUAUAGAUUGGGCCCGCCCAACUGAAGUGACAUCAUAAGGGGCGAGGCCUUCAGACAGACUAGACAUAUAUCCCGCACACAAGUAGCAUACAACAAUAUAACCAACUACUUCCAGGUUAACCACGCAGAAGUGUAGCUACAGUAUGCUAACAAAGUCAAGAAGAAGUCAAACAUACGCUAUGAACUCACCUAGGACUGAAUAUUAUUACAGCAACCAUUAUCAGUUGUGGUUCACAUUAUACUUAGUUUUUUUGUUCUGUGAAUUACUUUAACUAUGAGUUUUGAGUUUAAUAUUCUGGUUUUCUUUUUUAAAUGAAUGUUGUUUUUGUUGGAAUGUGUUUUUUUUUACGAUUUGAAGAACUUAAAAGAAUGACUAGAGGGCUGGUAGAAACUCUACAGCGUUUUUGUCUUUAACUUUGUGAGCUGGAUUAAAUUGGAUGGAAUUGAAAUGAAUUCCCAAAAGGCACAACGAUAAUUAAUCCAACCACAUUUACUACAUGAAAUCCUUUUCCUUUUAGCAGAGAACGGCAAACGAUUAGUUGUGUCCAUUCCAAAGUAUUUUAUGAGUUGUAAAGUAAUCGCCAUGGGUCACACUCUAAAUUGAUGUGUAUGUGGAUGACUCUAAUGUCCAUGGGAAUCUCAGAGCGUCCAAUUUUGAGUUUGUAAUGUGAACUCUCAUCUUCAUGCAUCUCAGCUGGGUCGUAUUCAUUAGUGUGCGAAAUUGAAAAUGUUUUUUUUGCCUACGGAAGACGAAAAUAAAUGUUUCUUAUUGGACAAGUCCAAUUAGUUUCUCCAUGUUGCAAUCCAUUUUCUUCUAUUUGGCGCCUAAUGAACACGACACUGAUAAUACAGCUCUUGAUUGUUGAUGGAUAAAUAAGAUUGUCAGAGUUAAGGACAAUUGUUCAGUGUGAGUUUUUACCUUUGCCAAAGCUGGGAUAGGUGAUGUUGGUAAAUGAAGGUGUAUGUUAGUGUAUCUACGUUACUUUAUCCUUUUGUGUUGACAAGCGUUCUACCCCUUCGAAAUGGGCUGCAUCCCAAAUGGCAUCCUAUUCACUAUGUGUUGCACUACAUUUAAACAGGACCCAUAGGGCUCUGGUCAUAAGUAGUGCACUAUAUAGGGAAUAGGGUGCUAUUUGGGACACAUUCCGGCACUGACUCUAGCACCGAUGCCUGCGUUUACACAGG